AUGGCGCAUGUGAAGCCUUUGCUCGGGUGGGUGAGGAACGGCUGGAUGGGAGACGAGGCCAGCGACUUCAUAUCGAAUACGAGGCUGGCUGACUUCGUCAACGCCACCGCGGGGACCUACAUUGAUAAUUGUCCUGAUACGGUCGAUUCACUGAGAAAGGAAAUCCAGGCUGCUCAAAAGGACCUCUCCGAUGAUGAUGCCAUGGACGAGGCGAAGCGUAUGCUAACCGUCACCUAUUCACUCUCCACAUUCUUUGGGGGCGAUCCGCCCGUUGAGCAGCUAUGGGAAAAGGUCUUGAAAGCUUGGAAUUUCAGCCUGGACACUGACCAAUUCGUGUUCAACGAAGACAACACGAGACUCAGUAUGAAAGAGGCCCUGAACAGGGACCAGAAGGGGAAGGGUAGGGCAUCCGUUGACGCCAGCGAAGGCGACACACAGAUAGCCCUUGAGCACAUGGUCAGCAACGCAUUCGUGUUUGCUCCUCACCAGUUUGUCGGCAAGUCAUAUGCUGUUACCCAUGUCGACUAUCUGGGAAUGGUGAAGGCUCACUUCGAAGCCAACCAGAUGGGCUGUGGAAAGGCAUUUAUCAUUGCAGGAACCGAGCAUCCCCUCGUCAAGUCCAUCAAAGAGCGUUCGCCAGGAACACAUGGCAUCCCGAAAGACGGCCCCUGGGGACCUUGCAUUGUGAUCUGCCAGGCGGACCUGGUCAAGACACCUGCCAAGACUGUCCACAUGGCAUUCAAGGGUCUCCGCCGAUAUUACAUUGUUUCAUCCGCACCCGACUCAUCGAUGCCUGAGGGUGUCAACGUUAUCCAAACGACAGAGGGAUUCCUUGACUUUCUAAAAUGGUCUAUGAGCGCCGCUUCGAUCCAGAGACCAUCGCCCGCGAAAACCCAGUGGGUGUCAAUGCCUCCCGGACGGGCCAAUGCCGGAGACCAUGUCGACGACGACACAGCGGCAGACGAUGACGAAAACUCGGAAGGCGGCGACGAGGACGAGCCCGUUGACGAUGAGCCCACAUGCGUGGAACAAGAACCUGGUUUAGGCGGCGGUGUGGUCAAUUUCACAACCGCUGUGAAACGCGUCCGACUGGAAAUGGCAAAGAAGGGCGCGAUCGAUGACGAUGACACUCCUGGUUUCUUGAUCGGCGGGGACAGUGAGGACCCAUACACUUAUUGGCCGGGUAAUGAGAACGACAAACGUCCAUAUGUCGAGGAGAAACUCUCAGUGACCCAUACGUUGGCUGAGUUCUUCAAGUCAAAGGACAUAACGACCGGUCGAGGGGUGUUACAGUUCCACGAACAGUAUCCCAAUCAGGUCCCUGUGUCGGGCCGCAGACUGACCAGGUUUGGACCAAAAUGGUUCAACGAGGCGCUACAGAAGAGUGACGAGGGCCCCACCUACACGCUCGCAUCUUUCAACGAAGGCCAUAUCCUGCGAAACGUGAAGACGACAUUCAACAUCACUACGAGACUUCUUCCAAAGCAAGCAUUACUGCUAGCCUCUAGCACCCCGUUAUACGGUGACGCUACUGAUCUCUGUUCAUAUUCAUCUCUAUUUGCCCACAUGUCAGGCAUCGACAAUCACCUCAUACUCGAUUAUAUAGACAUUCAUAGCCUCAGCCGCGACUUCCAGCGUUCUCAGGACCUUAUAGACGAUAUGUUGGUGUCAAAGAAGGGCGACUAUAACAAAGGGUUUGUCCAAGACUUAUUCGAAUGGGCCGAUGAAAACCUCGGCCACCGCAAGUGGUGGUGUCUCCUCGAUGGAUACCGGCAGCUAAUAAGAAGCAAGGACGACCACAUCAAAACCAUAUCCUGCAAGCUGUUCCACUCUUCCUUCGUCAAUGAGCGCAAGAUAUCUACUAGGCUAAAAAACCACAAAGGCCGGGCUCUCUCCCAUGAUCGUUCGCAUCGCACGGUGGAGGUCCACCACGAAAAGAAAUUCCAGAGCAUGCUCGUCUCUUUCACCGACCUUAUGCUACAGCAGCUGAGUCGACGGAAGCCGAAACCCAAGAACAAGGAUCACGACAGAGGGAAGAAGAGACGAGUCUGGAUGCCAUCAAGACAUGAAGCGAUGCUUGGGAACGUGAUUGAGGAGCAUAUCCGUCACGUGCUCAAUCUGGGGGAUGACGACUCAGAGCCACGGGCUUCGUCGUUCUCCUUUAAUUGCAUUCUGAACUUAAUCGCCGUAGACUGGCACAAUUUCCGCCUAGUCUUCGACUCCGAUGUCAAUCGAAAGGACCCACUGCAGAAAAUCUCCAGGGACACCAUCAACCAACUAAGGCAUCUUGCGGAUUCCAAGAGGGACCCAAGAGCAGCAGCCUUGCCCGAAAGGAUAGCCAAGGACAAGUCGUCGGAUGCUCGUCUUGGUGCCGCGCAAGUGGCAUCCAUGGCCAAAUAUGACAAAUAUGGCGGCAUGGUACGCCGUCACUUCCUGCUUGCGGAGAAGGGCCAUGUCGCCACCGAUGACACUGUCCACAUGAUGACAUUCGCACUGAGCGAGUCUCCAAUCAUAUCCAAGGUUAUAGACAUGAUUAUGGAAGGCCUCAAUCAGCCAGACAUGUAUGGCAGCCGGGUCUUCGUAGUGGUCGACUCACCACUCACCCAAAAUAACCUUGUGGGGGCACUGCGCUUCCUGGGGUUAAAUGUGAUCAACUUCUCGGCCGAUUUACAAGCCUCCGAACGCGACGAUUUGCUGGAACAGUUCAAUGACCGGAAAUGCAACGUCCAUGCCCUGAUCGUCCCCUGGACAAUGAAACUAUCAGGUAUGAACAUGCAUAGAGCCUGUAACUGGGGUAUAAUGGUCAAUAUAGACGAUUCGGCAGCAAAGACACAACAGAUCAUGGCCCGCCUCUACCGUAUUGGUUCAGAAAAGACCGUCCGCUGGUUCAUUGUGAUCCAGGCCGCCUCAUUCGCCCGAGUACAGGAGCUUUUCUGUCAUACCAAGCAGGUCAAAAAUCUGUCUGUUACAGGGCGGCUGCCGUUGGAGAUCACCGGGGACCUUCGCGCCAUUAUGUGCUACGAGGUUGCUCGUGAACAGUUCGGCGCCGUGGAAUCCAAGUAUGUGGCCGCCAGAUACUACAAGCAACUCGAGUCGGUGGAGGAAUAUGAAGCACCAUGGGUCAAGCGACAUGCUGUCUUCUACAGCUGGCUCGCCGCGUUGGCGUUCGAGAACAUUAAGCAGUCGGCUGAUGACGUUGACGACUUUGCCAAUGUUCUUGACCUCAUUGACCGGAUGAUCGACCUGGAGCCUGUCUUCCGGGCAAUAUGCCUCCUCAUACAAUCUGGGCACGAUGCAGACGCGAGUAUUGACGCUUGGCUGCGCGAGGCUGACUGGGCCGAUGUCGACAGCCUCCGCUCGCGGAUGAGAGACGAUCAGCAACAACACGAUCUAGACAUCAAGGGUCUGGAGGCACAUUACUGGAAAAUUUUGACGACAAAGCGGGGCGAAGAGGCGCCCAAGCACCUGAAACUCGCUGGACUUAGCUUCACUGCCCCCCCAGUUCCUCGGGCUAUCGACCCCGAGCUGUCUUUCACAGGCUUUGGACAGAGGGACGAAGAGAAAGAGCAGCAGUUCAGCAGUGCUGAUAGAACAGCUGACGCAGAUGACUGCUGCGACAACGAUGACCUAUACGAAUCACUUGGCGCUGACCAUACUACUUCGUUCCAAGAUGUUCUCAGGCCCCGGAGGGAGAUUGCAUUCAAACUGCGCCCAGACAAGGCUCCAAAUGACAGUGACGAGGCAAAGAGGGCAAAGGAGGACCGGAUAAAGAAGGUCAACGAUGCUGCGAAGGUCCUCCCGAAUGAAAAGUAA